GAGAGCAACUGAUGUUAGUUUGUUGGCAUCUUAACAAAACUAUCGGAAAGUGAAUAAAAAAAUAGAAGAGAGAAAAUGAAUGGAGAACAUGGACAAAGCGUUGAUGAUAUCUAUGAAAAUGACUUUGUUGCAAAGGGUAAAUUUGGAAGAAAGAUCAUGGAUAGUAACACAACGAGAAUCCAGUCAUCUGAACUCACAGGAGCAAGACAAAGGAAGACAGAUGAUCUCUAUGAAAAUGCUGAUGCUAUGAGAGGUAAAAUCACAAUGGAGACAAAAGACUCAAAUACGAGGAGAAUCCAGCCAUCUAAACACACAGGAAGUGAAUAUGUGAAGAUCAGAAACUACAGGUCAGCUGUAGUGUGUUUGGUUCUUCUGUGUGUUCUUCUGCUGACUGCAGUCAUAGUGCUGUGUGUCAUCUUCACUCAAGAGAGACAACAGCUCAUAUCCAAGACUGAAAGCCUGACCGAUGAGAGAGACCAGCUAAUUCACAGGAACACAAACCUGACCAAUGAGAGAGACCAGUUAAGAUACCAACUUCAUUAUUAUGUUGGAUGGACCUGCUUUCAAUCCAAUUUUUACUACAUGUCCAAUGAGAUAAAGAACUGGAAUGAGAGCAGAAGAUACUGUACAGAGAGAGGAGCAGAUCUGAUCAUCAUAAACAACAGAGAGGAACAAGAGUUUGUUAAGAACAUUUCUGGUUCUGCUAUAGUCUGGAUUGGUUUGACUGACAGUGAUGCGGAGGGCACAUGGAAAUGGGUAGAUGGCAGCAGAAUGACCUCUGGUUUCAGCUCCUGGGUGUCUGGAGAGCCAAAUGGAGGAACAUCAGAAAACUGUGCUGUGACUCUAGCUGUGCCUCAUUUAGUAGGGUGGUGUGAUGUUACAUGUUAUGGAGCUUUUCAGUGGAUCUGUGAGAAGAGGAUUUCACAACUUACACUGCAAUAGAAACAUCUCACACCUUUUUGGUUGAACAGUACAAAACAUUUGUAGUAACUGAUUCUAAUGUAAUGCAGUGUUUCUCAGCCCAGAACUACACAUUUUGCAUGUCUGCUUUGUCAGAUGUUCAUCUCAUGUGCUGAAGUUUCUUCUCAUGAGCCGAUGAGAUGAGUCAAGUGUGAUAAUUCCUUGAACACCUUAGUAUUAGAAGUGUUCAAGGAAUCCAGAAGUGUACCUCAUUUGACCAGAAAUGCCUUGCUGUGAGUGAACGGCACAGAGUAUUCUAUCAUGUAAGAUUUCAGUUUUCAGCUAUUAUUUGAAUGUUAUUCAGUUAUACAUUACCAGUCCUUGCCAAACACUCCAAUAUUUUUUGAAUAAAGGUGGUAAAAAGAAGGCUGCAGCGUUAUAGUUGAUCUCUGAUUUUACUUUAAACUCCACUAAUAUUUGUGACCUAAGUGUUUUCUGUAUCUGAUGAUGAUGCAGGGAAU